AUGUCGUCCAACGUACUCGCAAGCAAGGACGUUAACGCCAACAUGACCUCUCAGGACGGCUCUGCCAAGGGCGAUGUUAAGAGCAUGGAAUACCAUCGCCAGGCCCUUCAGGCCAAGAUUGAGGAGGAGAAGAACGGAAAGACUUACGUCUCGCCUUCCGACACCAUCAUGAGCCCUUGCACCGCAAAGCUGAAUGCCUAUCGCAACAAGCAAGUUAGCAAAGCCAAGCCGAAGUCCCUCUUCGCCCAAGCAUCGUCCAAGAAGUUUGAAGGCGAGAACGUCCUCGGUGCCAAGAACACCAAGCCGUCUUCUCCGUAUUCAUCGUAA